AUGCUAUACUUCUAAUUUACAGGAUUUUGUUUUCAUUAUUUCUAAAAUUAAUAAAUAUAANACAGCAAAUUCCAAUCUUUAUUAUUCCUAUUCCUUCCAUCAACUCAAUAAGGAAUCAGAUGAUUCACCAUAUUAGAAAACUGAAAAUAUUGAUUUAACUUCACUUUAUUACAAAGUUGGGAAAUACAUUAAAAUUUAUUUUCAAUACUCUUAAAGUUUCCUUGAAUAUAAUCCCUUCUAUUUUUUCCCUAAGUAAGUUUAUCAUGAAGGGGUUGAAUACUAAAAAACAGUGAUAGAUAGUGUACUUUAUUUCUAAGAUGCCAAUACAUUAGCAAGAAUUGAAGUACAUUUAGAUGCUAAGAAAAAAGUUUGUUUUAUCACAUAUUAAACCUUAAUGGAUGUAGUUGCUAAGUUAGGUGGUUUGUUUACAAUUAUAAGGGCUUUAUUAGAUUUUUUACUUUUACCAAUAUAAUCAACACUCUAUAAACUUUUUUUGAUAAAAUUUUUUAUAAAACAUCAAAAUGAGGGCAAUAGUAAGGAUGCUCUAUUGAAAAAUUCUUAACUGAAAGAUAUUAGUUUAACAAACCUAAUAACUUCUUCGACUUAAAGAGAAUUUUUUCAAAAAUAAUCCAAUUUAAUUAAUAAAUAUUUGGAUGUGAGACAAAUAUUAAUACAUCCUCUAUAAUUUACAUAAAAAAUAGAAUGUUUAAAGGAUUCUAUAAAUAAAAUUGAUUUAUUAAGUUCUAGAUAAAUCAAACUUAUAAACAAGCAAGAAGCAGAUGAAUUAUUAGUUUAAAGAAAUAAUGAAGAGUAUAUAAAUUGUAAAUCCUUAAGUUAUGGUACUAUCAAUUCAGAACAUAAGAUAGGAAAUUAAAAUCAUUGCAUCAUUCCAAAAUUGCAAGUGUAAAUACAUUGA